UCAACAGAGCUCCCCGGGUCGGCAUUUAGGAAUUUGCUAUGGCUGAAGCAAACCUCCUCCGUUUUGUUUGUGUCAGCAUUAUAGUGAUAUCUCUGACCACAGCCCAGUCCAGAUCCAAGCCAUCAAGAGCCGGCAAAGGAAAGGACGAUUUGAGGAAUGAAAUUGACAAACUAUGGCGAGAAGUGAAUUCGCUUAAAGAGAUGCAAGCACUGCAGACUGUUUGCCUGAAAGGGACAAAAAUUCACAAGAAAUGUUACCUGGCAUCGAAAAGCCCCAAGAGUUACCAUGCGGCCAACGAGGACUGUAUCGCUCAAGGAGGGACUUUGAGUAUCCCCCGAAGCAGCGACGAAGGCAAUUCUCUCCGUAGCUACGCCAAGAAGAGCUUGACUGGGGCCAGGGACUUUUGGAUUGGCGUCAACGACAUGACCACUGAGGGCAAAUUUGUGGACGUGAACGGAUUGCCGAUUACUUACUUCAACUGGGAUCGGAAUGAGCCGCGCGGAGGGACGCGUGAGAAUUGCGCAGUGGCCUCGAUUAGCAGCCAGGGCAAAUGGUCCGAUGAAGUGUGCCGCACGGAGAAGAGAUACGUCUGCGAGUACCUCAUUCCUUAGAGCUGCAGAAAGUUCCAGACUGGUUGCAGUCAUUAGCUUCUUUUUUUGCCGUAGUCCCGAUUUCUAUUUUUCAGUUGAGGAUGUUUAAAUGAGACCCUUAAGGGAUGCAGAUGUUGAAUGAUGUGAGACAGUGAAGGGUAGAAAGUCAUCUUGGGCAGCAUCACAAAAACGGUUGACAUCUCACAAGCUGCCAUUAUACACCCGUUGGAACUGAACACUGGGGAGAGUUUAUAAAGGGCAGUGCACACGAUGUUGUCUGUUUUGAGCUCCCAUCCAAGAUGAAUUUCUACCUGCCUUUUCAAAGUCUAUUUUUUUUCCCCUACAGAUCUGACAUUAUUUACCCGGAUUAGUACUCAGUGUUUCGAUGUGUUGCAGUAAUAUUUCAAAAGCUAGUUUAUAAAAACUUUGAAGUAAUGCCGUGAAGAUUAACAUACAUGUCUUUGUACAAUACCUUGGUUGUUUUGGCAGAGGCUUUAGUGUGCUCAAUCUAAACAGUUACUGUCUCUUUUGCACAAAGGAGUUGUCAUCCAACAUGUUAUGUGUUUCUAUGCUAAUCUAUACAUAAUUGGAGUUCAAAGCCUAAAGCAGUUUUAUUUUAUAUACUCAUUGUCAAUAGAAUGACUCUCAGUGAUUGUUGACCACGGAGCACAGAGUUGGGCCUGACUUUUCCCUUGGGAUUUCACCCAUUCACAGAAAAUCGCACGUACCAUCGAAUGAAUCCUUGAUUUGAUCAUGGCUUGGUUUGUCAGUCAAACAGACAUAUUCCCCCUUCUCCAAUACUCUUAAUACUAAUUGACAAAAAAUGUUCAAAGGAAAUUAUUUUGAAAAAAAAAACACCCCUAUGUUUUUCACCUGACAGUAGUGUAUUUAAUGCCUGGAGAUCCCAGGGCAAUUCUUAGCUACUUAGCUGGGUUGGUCUGGCAAAGGGAUGUCCUAUAUCCAUCAGGAAGAAGAAAAUCCAGGCCCAAGUAUCUUUUGCUACCGUCCAAUGUUAAGUGAUAUAUUUCUACACAUAUUUUCUACUGCAUGAAUUAUUUUCUUAAAGGGAAUCUACUCUGAGCACUCCCUAUGUACAUUUUCAUGGUGAUGUCUUUAGAAACAGCACUGUGAAAUUAUCUAUCCUGUCAUUUAUAUCAGGUUUGUUUUCUAUAUAAAACGUGCAAUUUUCUAAGUUACAGCUUCUGCUUUACUGCAAUCAUUAAAAAAGGACAUGUUUGCACAAUCAGUUUAUGGCACAACUUUAAGCAUCAGAUGAGACCUUUCUUGUGCCGAAGUAUUGCUGCAUGAUGUUGGUGUCAAUUUUCCAGCCACCAAUGCGACCGGGCAGUAAAGCAGAACAGAAUUCUUUCUUUCUCUUUCCAUUGAAUGAGGGGUAUUCCUCAUUAUAUUUAAGAGGAAUAAACCUGGUGUAAUUUUGUUAAUGCAGCUGAUGUGCACUUGCAAAGACUCUGGUUUGGAAAUCGCUAUGGUGCUUCUCUAACCUCUGCCCGAAGCUCCUGCUGGGUAUCCCUACCUUGGGGUGGAGACACAUUCAGGAAAUUAGGUGCAAAAUACGCUGGCGCCAUUCAAGAUUCCGUUGAAGUUCAUCUGCAUAACCACAAGCCUAAAAUCUUCCGGCCGCCAAAGCAACCGGGCAGCAAAGCAGAACAGAAUUCUUUCUUUCUCUUUCCAUUGAAUGGUAUUCCUCAUUAUAUUUAAGAGGAAUAAACCUGGUGUAAUUGUGUUAAUGCAGCUGAAAGCGGAUUUAGCGGCAAAAAAAACAAAUGUUUUCAAUAAAUGUCUCAUCUACCACCAGUUAGUAACCUGAUUUUUAAUUGCUGACAAUGUCUUAAAGAAUAAAGCCGU